AUGGUCGACAACGAGGUGAGCCCGCACAUCGAACAGCGAAUUGUCAUGAAGUUUCUCGUGAAUGAAGGCGUAAAGUCAUCUGAAAUUCACAUAAGGCUUCAUGCUCAGUAUGGCCACGAUACACUUAGCCGCAGCAAAGCGUUUGAGUGGUACAAACGGUUCUCAGACGGGCGUACGUCAGUGCAGGACGAUCCCAGCCGGGGCGGCGCAGAGCCCAGUGUCACAGUUCCUGAGAACAUCCAACUUGUGGAGCGCCUGAUCCUCAAGAACCGACGGAUAACAUGUCUCGAACUGGCUCAAAAGACGGACCUUUCUGUGGGAGCGUUGAACACUAUCAUUCAAGAACACUCUCCUGUUUCGGAAAGUUAG